AUGGAUAAAGUGGAAGAAGAUUUCUCUUCGAGGGGCUGCAGCCCCGUGUUCUCGGGGUCGCCUCUUCCACCUCGAAGACAAUUGGGUUUCAUUAAAAAUAGCAAAACGAAGCUAUCCUGCGAGCAGGAGCGCGAUUUAUACCCAAAUUGCGAUGUCAGCAUUUGGCUGAGGUCCUGCGAAAAGGAGGUAACGACUCCUUUGAAAGGAUCGAUUAAAGGAGUUGUUCCUGAGUGGUUAAAAGGCUCGUUGAUUAGAAACGGGCCUGGAUCGUUGAAAGUGGGUGAAGAGGAGUUUACUCAUCUGUUCGAUAGCUCCGCGCUUUUACACAGGUUUGAAAUCAAAGACGAAGAAGUAACUUAUCAAUGUAGAUUCUUGGAUUCUGAAGUUUUCCGAAAAAACUGGACUGCUAAACGAAUCGUGAUGGCAGAGUUUGGUACAAAGGUGGUUGAAGAUCCUUGUCAUUCUAUAUUCAAAAGAAUAGCUGCAAUUUUUAGCAGUGAAGCUUCCGAUAACGCCAUGAUCUCAGUUUACCCUUUCGGCGACGAAUUGUACGCUUUCAACGAAAUCCCCAUCAUCCACGAAAUAAAUCCCGAAACGUUGGAAACGAAAUGCAGGAUAAAAAUCGACGAGUACGUCUCGGUGGUUUGUCAUUCAUCCCACCCUCAUGUUCUACGUGACGGUACAGUUUACAAUUUAGGAUUGUCGGUGUAUCCUACUGGUUUAUAUCACACGAUCAUUAAGUUCCCUAAAAAAGAAAACGAGGAUUCGAAAGCGAUGUUUAGAAACGCUGAGAUUGUAGCUUCUAUUCCAGCUCGAUGGAAAUUAAAUCCUUCCUACAUGCAUAGUUUUGGGAUAACUGACAAUUUUUACAUCAUAAUAGAGCAACCUUUGAGUAUUUCUGUACCUGGAAUUGUUAAAUCGAAAUUCAAAAACGAACCAUUGGCUGGUUGCUUCAGGUGGUAUCACGAGGAAUAUACAAGAAUUUCCGUCGUUUCCAGAAACACAGGGAAAUUAUACAAAACAUUUUACGCUGAAUCAUUCUUCUACUUACACGUUAUCAACCAAUACGAGCUCGACAAUCACAUAGUCCUCGAUAUUUGCGUGUACCAAGAUCCCAACAUGUUGGAUUGCAUGUACAUCGAAACCAUGAAGUCGAUGCAGCAGAAUCUCAAUUACGCGAAAAUGUUCAGGAGUCGACCGGCGAGGUUCGUUUUGCCGUUGAAUCCUCCGCCCAGCUGCACUAAGGGAAAUUUAAUAGACCUGGAAGGUACGAAUGCGAAAGCUCGUUAUCUUCCAAAUGGAGAGGUGCUGGUGCAACCGGUGAAAUUGUGCAAUAUCGGAUGCGAAACGCCCAGGAUUAAUUACGACAAGUAUUUAGGUAAGCCGUAUAGGUAUUUUUAUGCGAUAAGUGCUGAUGUCGACGCGGAAAACCCGGGAACGCUUAUUAAAGUCGACACAAGUGAUAAAUCUACACUAAUUUGGAACGAAAAAAACUGCUACCCGAGCGAACCAAUAUUUGUACCAGCUCCAGAAUCACAGACAGAAGAUGAUGGGGUAAUAUUAUCGGCAUUAGUUUGGGGCGGUGAAGACACCAAUCACGUAGGGUUGCUCAUUUUAGACGCACAAACGUUUAAAGAAAUAGGCAGAGCGGAAUUUCAUACCGAAACUCCGGUACCUAAAUGUCUGCAUGGCUGGUUCUUACCCAAAUGA